AUUAAUAAGUGGUUUUAUCAAUUUUCUUCAUUCGUUAAAUAACUACAGUCAUGUUUACAUUAAUACUAUCGUUUACGGUGUCAGCAUUUGUAGUUAUAGUUUUUAAAUAUUUAAAUGCCACACGAAAGCCGCCCAUUUUAGGUAUUUACCAGCAAAGGAAUAAAGGUUAUUUCAUUAAAUUUAUUUUUAUGUACAUCUUACUCACUGUAAAAAGGCUGAUUAACGAAGGCAAGCGUCUGUGGGCCGUGGAAGUGGGCCAGAGUUCCGACGGAACCGAGCAUGUACAUAAAUAUGAUUUGAAUUUAGAACAAAAGUAUAUAUUCGGUGACCAUCCAAAGGCAGUAGAUGCUGUUUACUUCAAUGGUUUGUCAAAGGAGGGAAACGCGGUCGUAUGCGGGCUGGCUCGUAGACCCAACCAUUAUUGCGACGCUUUUUUAUACCUGAAGUGCGAUGGUGAAGAUCUUCUUCUGUCUCCGAACCUGCCGGACACGCACCUGGAGCAAACCGUAUCAGAACAGGGAGAGUACAGCGUGCAAGGAAUCAAGAUUACCAAAUUCAUGCCAAUGCGCACAUGGAAACUGGCUUAUAACGGCGAAAUGAAAUCGAAGUCCAACCCGGAUAAGCUGUUGAAGGUGGAAGUAUCACUGACAUGGAGCGCAGCAUGGGCGCCGUUUAAUUACGAUGUGCAUAUGUCCCCUUCCAGCAUGGCUAGCGACUUGGCGAAAGAACCCUGGUCCCGCGAAUACUUCACACUGUUAGAGAAACUGCAUCAAACACAUUAUGAACAAAUGGGUUAUAUUAGAGGUAUCGCUGUUAUCGAUGGCAAAAAACAUUCACUGGAUAUGCCGUGUUUGAGAGACCGUAGUUUUGGACCGUUACGUGAAUGGCGUAACUUCCACCGCUACGUGUAUCACUUCAUGUUCCUUGAGAACGGCGAUUGCAUGGCGGUGGGCAGCGUGUCCGAGCCUACUGUCUUAUCUCAUUUGACCAUUGGGUAUUUAUGCAAGAAAGCAGAUCAAUCAGUGUUGCCAGUUGACUCCUGCGAUUUUCAUAUGUAUCAGCACGCCGAAAAUGAAAUACUGCCCAUAGACUACGGAUUUGUUUUUAAAAGUGGUGGCAAGUCGUAUGCUGUCAAAGUUAAAGUGAACAAUGAAGAUAUAUUUUAUAUUGGUAAAGAUAGAGUUGCCAAAUUCUAUGAGAGAUGGUGCUCUGUCGAAGUUAACGGAGUACAGGGGUGGGCCUGCGUUGAGUGGCACUAUAAUAAUGUGCGGAACUGCCACAAAAAGUAAAUAAAUUCGUUAGAAAAAAUU